AUGGCAACUUGGACGAAUGAGUUCGGAGAUGAGUACGCCACUCAUUCGGCUGUCUUUGCCAAGGAUGCUGAUGCCGAGCAUAUGGAGAUCCUUGGCGUUCCUGUUAGAAACAUUUUAAUGCCAGCAAUUGAGGCAGCACUGAAGGACAUGGGGGGAAAGAAGUUAAAUGAGGUUAAGAUACUCGAGAUUGGCUGUGGUGCAGGUAGCGUUCUUGACGCUCUUAAAGUCGAGGGAGCUAACCCAGACUUUUUAUAUGGUGUUGAUCUCAAUGCGAAGAGUGUUCAACUUGCCAAUGAAAACCAUAGUUUUAAUGUUCAACAAAUUAAAGGUUAUGACUAUUCCCUCCGUGGAGACCCUGCUCUCGAUAUCAUCUUCACGGAACAGUGUUUGAACCUUCUCCCCCCAGCUCAGUACGAUGAGUUCUUCCAAAAAAUUCGGCAGCUGAAACCGAAAUACUUCAUAUUCCACGAGGGAAUCAAUCCCAGUGGCUUUGAGGCGACGACGCACGGUCCGUGGACUGUGUAUAUGAAUGAUUUUCUCACAUUGUGCACUCAUCAAUUUGGCAAGCCGCUGUACACCGAAGAUUUCGUGGCGAAGGAGCCCGAGAUGUUUGCUCCCGCGACCCAUGAUACUACUGCCCUAUUUAAACUUUGA